GAACCUCUGUACGCAAAACGCUGCUGCACAGCCCCUUGUCAUAUAGCAAAUAAACAGUAUGUUGGCUUCCGCAUUUACGACUGUUGCCAAUUAUCGCAGCCGCUGUUCGCCUGCCCCUGCAAAGAUCGGCAUGCGCACCGGUGUUCAUCCACGCAUGGUGAAGAGGCCCCAGCCCAGCAGGAUUGUUGGCCGCGCGGGCUGGUUCCUGCGCCUAUUCUCGCCGGAACCCAUCCCACCUCCGAAGCCGCAACUCGACGUGGCCACCGUCGGGCUGUAUGUCAUCACCGUUGUGGUAAUGAUUAUGCUGACAAUGUCCAUCAAGGCCGACAUUGCGUCGGUCAAGGACGACCUGAACAAGAAUAUCUCGGCGGUCAAGGACGACGUCAACGGCCUCAGGUUGGACCUCAAGAGUCUGUCCAACAAGUUCGAUAAGUUGGACGUGAAGCACAACGAGGUUAAGGCCAAGAACGCGGGGCUGGACCGGCUGGUGGUCCAGCUCCAGAACGACGUGAACAUCGCCCUGCUGGGUAAGCGCGGGUUCCGGAGGCCGCGUCGUCGCCGGCGGAGACUCGUAAGCGUGUGUGCACCUUCAUCGAUCACGAGCUGACGACGGACGAAGCUGCACUGGGGACAUCCACAGCAGCCACUGGGCAGCACCCAUGGACUGGAACGGACCGGGCUGUGUGCAACAGGCGACUUGGGGAGGCAGCAAUGAAAUGGUACCACAGCGCAGGGAUUUCAAUAUUAAGCAGAAGUAUUUGAAUUUUGUUCAUACAAGCGCCAGCAACAUGUCAGUCAUGGAUGCGCAAGGCUUGCUUAGGCAACGGACUUUCUUUUAUAGGGCGAGCACGUGAGCGCACUGGCCCAGCAAAUGAAGGGGCUACGGCGAGAUGAGGGUGUAAGGUGCCACGUCAGGUGUGUGCGGUGAGAGGUGUGAGGCUACUUCGGCCCGGCCCCCAGCAUGGCACGCUGGCUUGCCAUGCCAGUGAGCUCACGCAAGCACACUACCCAUGUACGAUUUGAGCGACACGUGUGCGAGGAGGCAGGCGUGUGCUGCUGUUUAGUAUGAUGUGCAGUAUUACCUUACAGUAUAUGUCACGAGCGUGCUUGUGCAGGAACGCGUUGCGUCAAGGUUCCGUCACAUUGUGGGUUGCGCCUGUGCCGGCAUUCGGCGUUUUGGCGCGUUAUAUGUGGAUAUUGACACUGGCGCUGAGUGUGCGUUACUGUGUUUCGGUUUGGGUAGUUAACAAUCCCUUGCCUACUAUCACCACGUCUGUACUGCGCUUUUGUUUGCUUUAAAGCUUGUCAGAACCUGAGCAUUGACGCGAGUGUAUGCGUGUUUGCAGCCUGGACGGUACCAUGUCGUACGGUAUGGUAGGUGUCGUCUGCCUUUUCGCAUGCGAGUGGCUGGCUAGAUGGAUGGCUAGUCUUGCGUCUGUAUUAGACAGCACAAGGGAAACAGAAUAAGGAGCGUCCCUGUGUGUGUGUGUGUGUGUGUGUGUGUGUGUGUGUGUGUGUGUGUGUGUGUGUGUGUGAGGUGAACGGUUGUAGACAUGUAUCUGUAUACGACCGCAGAAGACGGUUCUCAUUUUGAGCAAGAGUGCAAGCCGUGCAUGCAUCGAGCGACUCGCACGUUUUUGCUGGCGACCUGCACGGCCAGCUUGCUUGCCAAUGAUAAAGCCCUUGCAGCCCAGGGAGUUCGCGGCGCAGCCGGCGCACACGUAGAAGCAGUAGGUGGCGGUGGUGUUCGGCUGGCCGGCUGCCGUCCUGGUUGGGCGCAAUGCGGAAGUAGCCGCCGCAGGGGCUCAGCGUGUUGCCAUUGGGGCUCUGCCUGGGUGUGAGCAGUAGUUAUCAGCAGGAGCGAGCUUGUAAGGUAAUUAGGCU